CCGCAGCGCAUAGCCUACACAAUGGCUGCUGGAAAGAGGAGAAAGCAAACAAUUUUCAGGCCCCGCCGCGUCCAGCAAAAAAUAUGAGAAAAAAAUUUAUUAAAAUUCGGAAAAUAGGUGAAAGUCAAGGAAAACGCCCUAGAAAGGAUGUUAAAGCUCCCACGUGCCUGGCCUCUCUGUGGUGUUGAAAAUUCAGCCUCUGUCACUCUGUCAGUGAUCGGACACAUCUCUGGUGUCCGCUGCGUGCUAAGUCGCCAUGGCCACAGUUACUCCCGACGAUGACUGCCCCAACCCGGCAGAGCACGAUCGAGUGAGGAAGAGGAGGCCUGAGGGGAAAGGGAGGAAAAACUUCCCGUGUCAGCUUUGUGAAAAGGCAUUCAACAGCGUGGAGAAGCUGAAGGUGCACUCCUACUCACAUACAGGCGAGAGGCCGUACCGCUGCACACACACCGACUGCACCAAGGCCUUCGUCUCAAAGUACAAACUGCUACGCCACAUGGCCACCCACUCACCUGAGAAGACCCACAAGUGUAGCUACUGCGAGAAAAUGUUCCACCGCAAAGACCACCUCAAAAAUCACCUGCACACACAUGACCCUAACAAGGAGGCUUUCAGCUGUGCCGAGUGCGGCAAGAGCUACAACACCAAGCUGGGUUUCCGAAGGCACCAGGCUCUGCAUGCGGCACAUCGCGGUGACCUCACCUGCCAGGUGUGUCUGCGGCCAUAUCCCAGCACCACCCUGCUGCUCGAGCACCUGCGUGCCCAUGCCGGCAAAAGCGCUACAGCUGCAGCCAAGGAGAAGCGGCAUCAGUGUGAGCAUUGUGAGCGCCGAUUCUACACCCGCAAGGACGUGCGGCGCCACCUAGUGGUGCACACGGGUCGCAAGGACUUCCUGUGCCAAUACUGUGCGCAGCGCUUCGGCCGCAAAGACCACCUGACUCGGCAUGUAAAAAAAAGCCACAGCCACGAGCCGCUGCGUGUGAAGGCGGAACCGCUGGAGCCCUCAGAGCCACACGCUUACCUGUUUGGCCACGCCUCCUACUCUCCACCACCACCACUCCGUCCUGAGCUGGAGAGCUACCUUCUAGAACUGCAGGCGGAGGAGGUGCCGAAGCUGAGUGCUGCUGCCACGACCUCUGGAGAAACACCUCCUUCUUUUGACUUCCUGUCUCCUCUGUUUAACUUCCUGCCCUAUGGGCAAGGGGCAGGGCCAGGCUUGGGGGUUUCCUACAGCCAGGAGGAGGGGCUUCCUGUGAUGACGCCUUCUCAGGACACUCCCGAUCCUCUUGGCCCAAUUCACACGCUUGCACAUCCACACAUGCUUUCACAGACGCACGCUCUCACCACAAGUUACACACACUCGCCAAGCCUGAAUACAACCACCACCCUGCCUCGCUUUCACCAGGCCUUCCAGUGAUCCAAAACAUACACAUUAAGCUACCGUAGCAAUUACACACACCUACACACAUCAACUUGGCACUUAAAUUAAAUGCAAAAAACACACCAAGAUAACACUUGUCACUUAAAUCAGUGACACUUCUAAAAUGAUCACCUGCUCAUUUAACUCUAUUUCAGUCUAUAGUUUAUAAGUUAGCAAUAGAAGAUGUUGAACAUCUUGACAGCUGGCAUUCGAAACAAUCAGUCUGGUUUACGAACAUGUAUGUGCCUUGGUUUGCAGUGAAGUUUUGCUCUCAGACACUGAGUGCAUAUAGCUUUCCCAUUUAGCACUUUCUAGAUGUUGAAGUUCCAUCAAAGCUAAACAUUGAGUUUUUUUUCCUGAUAUUUUUGUUGAUCACUUUAUUUGUUGGCUCACAAGCAAAAGGGUACUGAAAUGCCAGCAUCUGAGUGACUAUACACAGCCAAAGGCAACCAAAACCCUCAGAGCCACAGUGGGGAAGGCUCAUCUUGUUUUGCCUUUUUUUUUUCCUUUAAAAUAAACUUUUUUAAAUGGCCGUUUGCCUUCAUGCUGCUGCUCGUUUUAAGGGCCUUAAACUUUACCAGUGCAGAUCUGCUUCACUAUACAAAGCAAUAAAGGGAAACAUGGACUGACUUUACAUAGACUGUCAUAUGUAGACACAAACACAUCUUAAACACCCCUUUCAUAUUUUUCACUCCUCUGUUUGUCCUUUCAUUGCUUUUCUUUUCUGGUCCUGGACUUUAGACACCAACACAACCUUCAACCUCAUCUGCCAGAAUGCUGUCC